AGUGCCGUUCACUCUGUCCGCGUAGUGACCUCUGAGGCAUUGCAUUCACAAGCCCUGCAGCAUAAAUAAAUAAGAAGGAAAAGGUUCUGUGAGAGAGUGUGUGCGUGUGUGGAACUUGGACACCCUCUGUCGUGGUAGGAAGGAGAGCUUUUGAUUGUCGUCGUUUUAUUUUUAAUCAUCGUCUUUUUUCUCGCUGUGUUGCCGAAGCACCGCACUCUUCAUUUGCGCGUACCUUUGUUGCACUAGAGUGAAAGCGAGUACUGUAGAAGUUAUAUUGUCGCUGCGAAUUGUUGCAAGGACCUCGGCUGUCUCGCUCCACGCGCACACAAGUGUUAGUUAUAUUCUCCUGACAUCAUCUCCAUCCUCAUGAAGACGGAGGAGAAAAAAUCUACGAUCAAGCGCGAGGAGACGCGCUCUGACGAGGAUGAGGAGAACAACGAAGAAGAGCUGAACUGGUGGGAGCAGGAGAACCUGCGCAUCGCCGCGAAGGGCGAGCGUCGUUGGGAGACGCUAAGCCACAAUGGCGUGCUCUUCCCUCCCCUGUACGUACCCCACGGCAUUCCCAUCUACUACGAAGGCAAGGAGUUCAAAAUGACGACCGAGGAGGAGGAGGUGGCCACCAUGUUCGCGUCCAUGAAGGAGCACGACUACUACCGCAUGGAUGCCUUCCGCCGCAACUUCUUCGAAAGCUGGCGCGAGAUUUUAGAUAAGCGCGAGCACCCCAUCCGUCGCCUCGAGCUGUGCGACUUCGAACCCAUCUACCAGUGGUACCUGCGCGAGCGGGAGAAGAAGCAGACUCGCACCAGGGAGGAGAAGAAGGCCAUCAAGCAGCAGCAGGACGCGGAGGCGGAGCCCUACCGCUACUGCGUCUGGGACGGGCGCCAGGAGCAGGUCGCGAACUUUCGCGUGGAGCCGCCGGGGUUGUUUCGCGGCCGCGGCAAGCACCCCCUGAUGGGUAAGCUGAAGGUGCGGGUGCAGGCGGAGGACAUCACGAUCAACAUCGGUGAGACGGCCGAGGUGCCGCCCGCGCCGCCGGGCCACCACUGGGCCGCCGUGCAGCACGACCACACCGUGACGUGGCUCGCCAUGUGGCGCGAUAGCGUCGCGGGCAACUUCAAGUACGUGAUGCUCGCCCCGUCGUCGAGCGUGAAGGGGCAGUCGGACAUGGCGAAGUUCGAGAAGGCGCGUCGCCUGAAGAGCAAGGUGGACGACAUCCGCGCGUCCUACAUGCAGGACUUCAAGUCGAACGACACGCACGUGGCGCAGCGCGCCGUUGCCAUGUACUUCAUUGACCGCCUGGCGCUGCGUGUGGGGAAUGAAAAGAGCGAAGACGAGGCGGACACGGUGGGGUGCUGCUCCUUGCGCGUGGAGCACAUCCAGCUGCUGCCGGACAACGUUGUUCGCUUCGACUUUUUAGGCAAGGACUCCAUUCGGUACCAGAACGAUGUGACGGUGCUGCCCGAGGUGUACGCGCUGCUGCAGCGCUUCACACGUCGCAAGUCACCUGCAAUGGACAUCUUUGACCAGCUGACGCCCACGCAGCUCAACGAUCACCUGAAGUCCUUCAUGGACGGGCUCUCGGCGAAGGUCUUCCGUACCUACAACGCCUCCAUCACCCUCGACAAGUGGUUCAAGGAGAAGCCUGUCAAUCCCAGGUCGUCGGUGGCGGACAAGCUGGCCUACUUCAACAAAGCCAACACGGAGGUGGCCAUUCUGUGCAACCAUCAGAAGACCGUCUCCAAGAACUUCAAGACACAGAUGGCGCAGCUCACGGUGAAGUCGGAGCACACGCGCAGGACGAUGGAGCUGCUGGAAAAGGCCCUCGCGACGGCCAAGAAGCUGUCUCUCGAGGCGGCGGCGGCGGAAUUCCUCGCCGAGGAGGAUCGCGUGCAGCGGGCGUGGCUCGAGAGCUACGGCACGGAAGAGCAGAAGAAGGAGUUCGAGGAGAUCGUGGUGAAGCGCUCGGCGCUUCGUGCACCGUCGUCCAAGAAGAAGUCGUCGUCCACUGGCACGAAGAAGGCGAGGUCGUCUGCGUCGAACGGCAAGACAGCCAAGAAGUCGAAGUCGGCCAAAAAAGCGAAGUCGGCCAAGAAGUCGAAGAAGCCGACUACUACGAGAGGAAAGAAGGCGUCUGGCAAGAAGAAAAACGCGGCGGCCGCGGAGGACUCCGAUGACGAGCCGCUCAUGAACUUGGCAGUCAAGAAAGAGACAACGAAGAAAGCGGGGGUGAAACGGCAGCGUGCGGUCAAGGCGGAGGAUAGCGACGACGACGACGUGCCGCUUGCUGCUCUGAGCGCAUAG